AUGAAUAGUGAUACUACACCUACUCAUAGAAAUAAGUCCAAUUCAAUAUCACAACUUAAUAAAGUAUUACCAGUGCCUAUAGAAUUACAUAAUGGAGAAUCAUUAGAACAACAUCAACAAAAUCAUUUAAAUCAUAUAACUAAUGUUAUCGUUGGAGAAUAUCAUUUAAUUUCUGGAGAAUUUGGUAAAAGCUAUAUGACUUGGCAAAUUAAAAUCACUAUAAAUGAUUUAGAUUAUUCUUCAAUAGUUUUAUAUAAACGUUAUAAUGAAAUUUAUCAACUACGACAAGAUUUAUUGAAAAUUUUCCCACCUCAUGAUCACACUAUAACGACAAAUAUUGUUCCAUCAUUGCCUCCAAAAGAUAAUUUAAGUCUUGAUAGAUUAAUGAUGUCGAAAAAUUGGUUAGAAGAAAGAAGAAAGGGACUUCAAUGGUUUUUGAGUAACGUUUUAUUAAAUCCAGUGUUUCAAAAUUGUAGUGUGGUUAAACAAUUCGUACUAAGUUAA